UUACGGAUGGGGCGUGUCUUUGAACACGACGUGAUGACGUUCUGUGGACGAAAACUGACGUACUCCACUCUCGCCUCUCACGGGCUGUUUAUUGUUUGGAGCAGUUGUAUUGACCAGGAUGCUAAAACUACGCUGUAAGACCAAAAAUGGGAGCCACAUAAUGCAAGGCUUGACUCACCAAUCAUGUGUUCAAGAGUUGAAGAGCAAAGUGGAGGAGCUGACUGGCAUACCAUGUGAUGUGCAGAAAAUAAUGGUUGGUUACCCUCCGUCCAGCCUGGAUCUCCGAAAUGGAGACGCUCACCUCAAAGAUUACCCCAUCAAAUCAGGAGACACACUGAUUGUUGAAGAAGAGAAGAACAAACCAAAACCUCAGGAUCAUUCCACUGUGAACAAACCCCCUCGCCUAGACAUCUCCCCUGUUCUAGCCCGUAGAGUGGUGCCCGCAGACAACUCCUGUCUUUUUACCAGUGUGUACUAUGUGGUGGAAGGGGGCAUGUAUGACCCUGCUUGUGCCCCCGAAAUGCGUCGCCUUAUCGCACAGAUUGUGUCCAGUGACCCUGACAUGUACUCUGAAGCAGUCCUGGGAAAGACCAAUGAGGAGUACUGUGCCUGGAUCAAGCGUGACGAUACUUGGGGAGGGGCAAUUGAGGUGUCCAUAAUGUCCAAGUUUUACCAGUGUGAGAUCUGCGUGGUGGACACUCAGACUGUGCGCGUGGACAGAUUUGGCGAGGAUGCCGGAUAUAACAAACGUGUGCUGCUAAUCUAUGACGGUAUUCACUACGACCCUCUACAGAAAGAAACGCCCGGCUCAGAUGCCCCGCCCCAGACUAUCUUCUCAACCACAGACGACAUAAUCCUUGCACAAGCCCUCGAGCUGGCAGACGAAGCUCGCCGCAAGCGCCAGUUCACGGACGUUAACCGCUUUGCCCUGCGCUGCAUGGUGUGUCAGACAGGCCUGGUAGGGCAGAAGGAGGCACGUGAGCAUGCCAAGGAGACAGGCCACACCAACUUUGGAGAGGUGUGAAGUUCUCUUUAGUUUUCAGUACAACCGCCACUAACUCUGUGUUGACGUGUGACAGAUUUUAUGAUACGUUUGCUUGUGUGAUCCUCUACCUCACAUUGUUCACCGAGUCCACAGUGUUCAGCCUCUGGUCUGUUCAGUAUUCUACAUUGCUACAAAUGAAUUAGGAAAACUCCAUCAUCAGUAUUUUUUUAAGACCUAAGGAUUAUGAAAUCUUUUCAAGAACACAUUUUUCACUACCUGACUGAUUACAUACUGGAAGCAACAAAUGACAUGCAACUUUAUCCUGUAACAGUUACACUCAUUUAAGUCUUAAAUUAUAAUAUAUUUUGCCUGUUUUGGGAAAAUGUUAUGUAGCAAACCCAACAUUAACUUAGCAUUAGAGAUAUCAGUGUACAAAUUAGGGAUGCAACAAUAUAAAAUUGUUCGAUAUGGCCCUCACAACACAAUACACUAGUGUGACUCAAAACACUGACAGUACUUCUCCAGCACAUCUGGCAGAUACAGGAAGAAAACAGCUCUCUAAAGGGGUAACACUAUUACAUCUGAAAAUAGAAGAUUUAAUUUAAUAAUAAAAUGUUAUGUCUACUGAUAAUUAGCAUAAAAAAUAGAGGAAACAUUUGCUUGUUUUAAAACUUAUUGAAAUCAGUUAUCUUGACCUACGUAUUGAAUAAGGCAAAAACUGUAUUGAUGCAUCCUUAGUAUGAAUACAGUGUUUAACUCAAAUCAGUGAGGAAACACCUUUAGUGGUUGUCACCUUGGAUCAUGCCCUUUGACCAAAACUAGGUCGAAACAGCAAAAAUAAUGGUGCUUGGUACAUUUUCUAUUAUUUUGUGGAACAAGUAAGCCUUUUAUUUUUAGGCUUUCAUCAACUACACACCCAUUUCUUUACUAAUGAAAUACUUCUCUUAAUUUUUGUCAUGAAAAGUUACUUUUUCAGUGAUGUAUGUUAUAACUCAGUACGCAACUAUGACUUUUGCUUGUUGGUUAAUACAGUUAUUAGUAGUAUGUUGAGUGUCCGGUAUUUUUGUCUUAAGUGAAGCAUGUUCACCUAACUACAACUGGCCUUGACAACACUGCAACGUGCACUUAAAAAUCACAACUAUUUAAUGCUUGGGUGUCAUCAUGAUAAUGUACUGUACACUGUUGCCUCACCAUGUGCAUGACUGUGUGUGUGUGUGUGUGUGCUGCCAAAAUGUAAUGAUUUUUGAGUGGUGAUGAGUGAAUAAAAUAAUAUUAAUACAUUUUUUUUAUUUGAAUGUGAACUAUAAACUAUACAAUUUCCCUAUUCUGUUACUAAUGUUGUUUUCUUACAAUGGGUUAAUUAUUACAGUUCGAGGCUGUGGAAAUAACAAUGAUAACAAUGAAUGUUCAACGCAGAGCACUACAAAACCACUGGAGUUACUUUAUUCUGUGUUAUUAAAAACUAGCGGGUGACGUUGUGUCAGGUGUUUUUGUAUCAAUAUUUGGUUAAGAAAAUAGAUCCUUCUAACUGACAUAAUCUCAAAUAAACACA